UCCAGCCACUCUGCUCAGCCCAGAGGAGCAGCCACACAGAAAAAAAGAAGUUUAAAUCAACUCAGAGAAGAGGAGGAGGGAGGGAGACAGGGGGAGAAAACGCCCUGGAAACUUGGUUGAUCAAGAAGUUGAAAAACAGUGACAGAAUUCUAACAGACUGCAAAGUUGUGACUGGAAAAAGUGCUUUUCUUGGGCUGAGGAGAAGGAGAGGGGGCAGGUUUUCAAGGAUGCUCAAGCUGGUGUGAGACUUCUUGGGCGCAAAGACUGCGCACAGAAGUCAAGAAUACAAAAACCACAGCAUCAGACUGAAGCCCUUGGCCUUGCUUGAGCAAUCCAAGGAAAACCAAGAUAGUUUCCAUCACACCAGGGCUUAAAUAAAAGAAAGCAAAAACAAGAUGGCCGAAGAGGAGGAAACCAGGGAGGUACUUUUUCCAGAUUGGGAGGGGCCAGACAAAACUGGCUUGACCAUUGAACAGACGAGUGAAGGAGAGAUCUUUGUUAAGGAGGUGAAAGGAGAGUCACCAGCAGCACGGUCUGGAAAAGUAUAUGAAGGUGACCAGAUUGUAGGCGCCACUGUCUACUUUGAUAACAUGAGCUCAGAAGAAACAGCUGAGCUACUGAAGACAUUAAACCGCCACAAGGUUGGACUGAAACUACAAAACAAAGGAGACAAAUCCCCUUACUGCUCGCCCUUAAGCACACCAUGUCGUUCACCAAUGGGCACCCUGACAUGGGAAGGGACGACCCGGUUUGGAGGUUCCAGUCCAGACAUCAUCCUUAGUGGAGAGGAUGAGGACUAUAAGAGAAUAUACACAAAAAAGAUUAAACCAAGGCUGAAGUCUGAAGACCUUGCAGAGGGAGUGGAUGUUCGUACAGAGCGGCAUAGCAGCACAAGCAGCGAUGGCAGCACAAUAACUACCAUCACCCGCCGCAUCACUACCUAUACUGUGGAUAUGCCAGGUGGCAUAAGUGAGAAACUUGAACUUUCAAGCCCAGAGUUCAAGGGCCUAAGGCAUGAAUCUGGAGAUGGCUCUCCUCGUAUCAGAAUCUCACAUGGCCUUUCAGGUAAAGUGGAAGCAGAAGAGGGAGUUUUUGAGUCAAGCAAUGUGUCUUACACUGGGCCACAAGUUAGCUCCACAGAGACACACAGGGGCAGUGGAGUCAUUCAGACCACAACAGAAAGAGUUACUGGUAGUAGGCAUAUUACAAUAGGAGGAAUGGGAGGCGCAGAGCUAACUUCAGCUGAUGAAAACGGAGGGUCAAUUAGUCUGGCUUUACCAGGGAGAAGCAUGCAUUUUGUGACUUCAUCCACAGAUAGAACACAGGAGGGACGUGUUGACACCAGUGUAGGUGGGAAGACAAAAGUGAAAAUAUCUGAAAGUACCAUCACUCACCCACAGGCAAAGGUAUCAGGCAAUGAUAAUACUGUACUGAGAUUUGGGGGUUCCAGAGUUAUUGAUACCGAAUUGACAGGUGGAGGGAUAGGAGGAUCAGCAAUAACAAUAGGCAAUGUUUCCUCAGGGUAUUCCUCAGUGCCAAGCAAGAUAUCAGUGGCAGGCAUGGAUGUCAACCUUACAGAUUCAAAGUUGAAAGAUGAGGUUGAUGUCAACCUGCCAAGCACACAGAUAGGAAUAAAAGCAUUUGGAAUAGACAGAGAAGUUUCAGGUAUCAAAAGUGAAAGUGCUGUGAGUGGCAUGAAAAUGUCAUCAGUCAAUAUGCCUGUGAUUGGAGUGAAAGGAAUCAAGAAUGAGGGAACUAGUGUUGAAGUUAAACUCAGUGGUGAUGCAGACAUGUCAGUACCUGUGAUACAUAAAGAUGUUCAAAAACCAGAACUAGACAUCAAAGGGGCAGAUAUACAGAUGAAAUAUCCUAGUGCUAAAAUUGAAGGGCCAGCUGUAAAUGUACCCAAAGUAGACAUUAAAGGUUCAGUUACAAACAAUGAGGAGAAAGAAGGGGAUUUCAAAAUGCCUCAGAUAAAGACAACAUCAUUUGGGGCCAAGGGACCAAAAGUUCAUUUAAAAGCUACUGAGGUUGACACUGAAGCAGCAGAAGUUGAUGUUGGGGGUUCUGACGUAAACAUUAAAGGACUGAAAAUCAAGACAUCAUUCAAAACAGGACCCACAUUGCCAGCACAUGACAUAGGUCUGAAAGGAAGCAAGGUAAAGGGAGAUGUAGAUUUGUCAGUUCCAAAGACUGAGGGACACACAACCAUGCCUGAAUUUGAGAUCAAGGGACCAGAAGUCAACAUUGAAAGACGUGGCGGUGGAUUUGGGAUGUCUAAAAACAAAAAGCCAUCAUUCGGCUUGACAGGUCCAAAGGGGGAAAUCACAGAUGUUGACAUAAAACUUGCCAAACCUGAAAUUGCUGUCAAAGCACCGGAGAUUGACAUUAAAGCAUCCAAGGUUAAUGUUGGAAGCCCAGAUAUAGACAUAACAACAACAACAACUGAAAUUGAUAUCAAAGCUCCAGUGAUAGACAUUAAAGGCCCUGAUGCAAAACUCAAAGAACCUCAGAUGAAAGUAAAAAUUCCAUCAUUUGGCUUUAAAGGUCCAAAGGUGGAAGGUCCAGAUCUUGAUAUCAACCUCAGUAAAGCAAACAUUGACAUUACAAGUCCAGAGGUUGCCAUUAAAGGACCAGAGGUUGACAUUCAAGGACCAGAUGCAAAUUUCAAAGGACCCAAAAUCAACAUGCCACCAACUUCAGGACCAAAAAUAUCCAUGCCAAAAGUGGAUAUUGAUGUGAAAAGUCCAAAAGUUAAAGGUGAUGUCAAUGUGUUAGCUCCUAAGGUAGAGCGAGACAUAAAAACACCAAAGGUUGACAUCAAAGGUCUAGAAGUUGAGAUUGAGGGGCCAACAGGUGGAAUUGAAAUGCCGAAAAUCAAAAUGCCCAAAUUUGGCUUGACAGGUCCAAAGAUGGGAGGUCCAGAUGUUGAUAUAAACCUUCCUAAAGCAGACAUUGACCUGAAAGCACCUGAUGUUGACAUUAAAGUACCAGAUGUUGACAUUGAAGGACCAGAUGCAAAACUUAAAGGACCCAAAUUCAACAUGCCAUCAAUUUCAGGACCGACAAUAACCAUGCCAAAAGUAGAUUUCAAUGUGAAAAGUCCCAAAGUCAAAGGUGAUGUGGAUGUUUCACUUCCAAAGAUCAAAGGAGACAUUAAAGGUCCAGAGGUUGACAUCAAAGCUCCCAAAGUAGAUAUUGAAGGACCAGACGUUGACAUCGAGGGACACAAAGCAGGAUUUAAAAUGCCUAAAUUCAAAAUGCCAACCUUUGGGAUGAAAGGUCCAAAUGUUGAAGGACCAGAAGUUGAUGUCAGCCUCCCAAAAGCUGAUGUUGAUAUUAAAGGCCCUGAACUGGACAUUGAAGGACCAGACAUUGACAUUGACAGUCCUAGUGGUAAGAUCAAAGGUCCAAAAUUCAAGAUACCAUCUAUCUCAGGACCAAACAUUUCCAUGCCAGAUGUUGAUUUCAGACUGAAAGGUCCAAAAGUCAAAGGUGAUGUGGAUGUUUCCGUGCCAAAGAUUGAAGGAGACAUAAAAGGUCCUGAGAUGGAUAUUGAAGGACCAGAUGUUGACAUUGAGGGCCACACAGGAGGAUUUAAAAUGCCGAAAAUCAAAAUGCCCAAAUUUGGCUUCAAAGGUCCCAAAGUGGAGGGUCCAGAUGUUGAUAUAAAUCUUCCUAAAGCAGACAUUGACCUGAAAGGACCUGAUGUUGACAUUAAAGUACCAGAGGUUGACAUUGAAGGACCGGAUGCAAAACUUAAAGGACCCAAAUUCAACAUGCCAUCAAUUUCAGGACCAACAAUAUCCAUGCCAAAAGUAGAUUUCGAUGUAAAAAGUCCCAAAGUCAAAGGUGAUGUGGAUGUUUCACUUCCAAAGAUCAAAGGAGACAUAAAAGGUCCUCAGCUUGACAUCAAAGCUCCCAAAGUAGAUAUUGAAGGACCAGACGUUGACAUCGAGGGACACAAAGCAGGAUUUAAAAUGCCUAAAUUCAAAAUGCCAAGCUUUGGGAUGAAAGGUCCAAAUGUUGAAGGACCAGAAGUUGAUGUCAGCCUCCCAAAAGCUGAUAUUGAUAUUAAAGGCCCUGAACUGGACAUUGAAGGACCAGACAUUGACAUUGACAGUCCUAGUGGUAAGAUCAAGGGUCCAAAAUUCAAGAUGCCAUCUAUCUCAGGACCAAACAUUUCCAUGCCAGAUGUUGAUUUCAGACUGAAAGGUCCAAAAGUAAAAGGUGAUGUGGAUGUUUCACUUCCAAAGAUCGAAGGAGACAUAAAAGGUCCUGAGAUGGAUAUUGAAGGACCAGAUGUUGACAUUGAGGGCCACACAGGAGGAUUUAAAAUGCCGAAAAUCAAAAUGCCCAAAUUUGGCUUCAAAGGUCCCAAAGUGGAGGGUCCAGAUGUUGAUAUAAAUCUUCCUAAAGCAGACAUUGACCUGAAAGGACCUGAUGUUGACAUUAAAGUACCAGAGGUCGACAUUGAAGGACCAGAUGCAAAACUUAAAGGACCCAAAUUCAACAUGCCAUCAAUUUCAGGACCGACAAUAUCCAUGCCAAAAGUAGAUUUUGAUGUAAAAAGUCCCAAAGUCAAAGGUGAUGUGGAUGUUUCCCUUCCAAAGAUCGAAGGAGACAUAAAGGGUCCUGAGAUGGAUAUUGAAGGACCAGAUGUUGACAUUGAGGGGCACACAGGAGGAUUUAAAAUGCCUAAAAUCAAAAUGCCCAAAUUUGGCUUCAAAGGUCCAAAAGUGGAGGGUCCAGAUGUUGAUAUAAAUCUUCCUAAAGCAGACAUUGACCUGAAAGCACCUGCCGUUGACAUUAAAGUACCAGAGGUCGACAUUGAAGGACCGGAUGCAAAACUUAAAGGACCUAAAUUCAACAUGCCAUCAAUUUCAGGACCGACAAUAUCCAUGCCUAAAGUAGAUUUCGAUGUAAAAACUCCCAAAGUCAAAGGUGAUGUGGAUGUUUCACUUCCAAAGGUCGAAGGAGACAUAAAGGGUCCUGAGAUGGAUAUUGAAGGACCAGAUGUUGACAUUGAGGGCCACACAGGAGGAUUUAAAAUGCCGAAAAUCAAAAUGCCCAAAUUUGGCUUUAAAGGUCCCAAAAUGGAGGGUCCAGAUGUUGAUAUAAAUCUUCCUAAAGCAGACAUUGACCUGAAAGGACCUGAUGUUGACAUUAAAGUACCAGAGGUUGACAUUAAAGGACCGGAUGCAAAACUUAAAGGACCCAAAUUCAACAUGCCAUCACUUUCAGGGCCGACAAUAUCCAUGCCAAAAGUAGAUUUUGAUGUAAAGAGUCCCAAAGUCAAAGGUGAUGUGGAUGUUUCACUUCCAAAGAUCAAAGGAGACAUUAAAGGUCCAGAGGUUGACAUCAAAGGUCCAGUGGUUGAUAUUGAAGGGGAAAGAAGUGGAUUUGAAAUGCCUAAAAUCAAAAUGCCAACAAUAUCAGGACCCAAGCUACCAGAAUGGGACUUGAACCUAAAAGGGCCCAAAGUAAAGGGAGAUAUUGAAGUGUCAGGUCCAAAGAUUGAAGGUGACAUCAAAGCUCCCAAAGUAGAUAUUGAAGGACCAGACGUUGACAUCGAGGGACACAAAGCAGGAUUUAAAAUGCCUAAAUUCAAAAUGCCAACCUUUGGGAUGAAAGGUCCAAAUGUUGAAGGACCAGAAGUUGAUGUCAGCCUCCCAAAAGCUGAUAUUGAUAUUAAAGGCCCUGAACUGGACAUUGAAGGACCAGACAUUGACAUUGACAGUCCUAGUGGUAAGAUCAAAGGUCCAAAAUUAAAGAUGCCAUCUAUCUCAGGACCAAACAUUUCCAUGCCAGAUGUUGAUUUCAGACUGAAAGGUCCAAAAGUAAAAGGUGAUGUGGAUGUUUCCGUGCCAAAGAUCGAAGGAGACAUAAAAGGUCCUGAGGUGGAUAUUGAAGGACCAGAUGUUGACAUUGAGGGCCACACAGGAGGAUUUAAAAUGCCGAAAAUCAAAAUGCCCAAAUUUGGCUUCAAAGGUCCCAAAGUGGAGGGUCCAGAUGUUGAUAUAAAUCUUCCUAAAGCAGACAUUGACCUGAAAGCACCUGAUGUUGACAUUAAAGGACCAAAGGUUGACAUUGAAGGACCGGAUACAAAACUUAAAGGACCCAAAUUCAACAUGCCAUCAAUUUCAGGACCGACAAUAACCAUGCCAAAAGUAGAUUUCAAUGUGAAAAGUCCCAAAGUCAAAGGUGAUGUGGAUGUUUCACUUCCAAAGAUCAAAGGAGACAUUAAAGGUCCAGAGGUUGACAUCAAAGGUCCAGAGGUUGAUAUUGAAGGGGAAAGAAGUGGAUUUGAGAUGCCUAAAAUCAAAAUGCCAACAAUAUCAGGACCCAAGUUACCAGAAUGGGAAUUGAACCUCAAAGGGCCCAAAGUAAAGGGAGAUAUCGAUGUGUCAGCUCCAAAGAUUGAAGGUGACAUCAAAGCUCCCAAAGUAGAUAUUGAAGGACCAGACGUUGACAUCGAGGGACACAAAGCAGGAUUUAAAAUGCCUAAAUUCAAAAUGCCAAGCUUUGGGAUGAAAGGUCCAAAUGUUGAAGGACCAGAAGUUGAUGUCAGCCUCCCAAAAGCUGAUAUUGAUAUUAAAGGCCCUGAACUGGACAUUGAAGGACCAGACAUUGACAUUGACAGUCCUAGUGGUAAGAUCAAAGGUCCAAAAUUCAAGAUGCCAUCUAUCUCAGGACCAAACAUUUCCAUGCCAGAUGUUGAUUUCAGACUGAAAGGUCCAAAAGUAAAAGGUGAUGUGGAUGUUUCCAUGCCAAAGAUCGAAGGAGACAUAAAAGGUCCUGAGGUGGAUAUUGAAGGACCAGAUGUUGACAUUGAGGGCCACGCAGGAGGAUUUAAAAUGCCAAAAAUCAAAAUGCCCAAAUUUGGCUUCAAAGGUCCCAAAGUGGAGGGUCCAGAUGCUGAUAUAAAUCUUCCUAAAGCAGACAUUGACCUGAAAGCACCAGAUGUUGACAUUAAAGGACCAAAGGUUGACAUUGAAGGACCGGAUACAAAACUUAAAGGACCCAAAUUCAACAUGCCAUCAAUUUCAGGACCGACAAUAACCAUGCCAAAAGUAGAUUUCAAUGUGAAAAGUCCCAAAGUCAAAGGUGAUGUGGAUGUUUCACUUCCAAAGAUCAAAGGAGACAUUAAAGGUCCAGAGGUUGACAUCAAAGCUCCCAAAGUAGAUAUUGAAGGACCAGACGUUGACAUCGAGGGACACAAAGCGGGAUUUAAAAUGCCUAAAUUCAAAAUGCCAACCUUUGGGAUGAAAGGUCCAAAUGUUGAAGGACCAGAAGUUGAUGUGAGUCUCCCAAAAGCUGAUAUUGAUAUUAAAGCCCCUGAACUGGACAUUGAAGGACCAGACAUUGACAUUGACUGUCCUAGUGGUAAGAUCAAGGGUCCAAAAUUCAAGAUACCAUCUAUCUCAGGACCAAACAUUUCCAUGCCAGAUGUUGACUUCAGACUGAAAGGACCAAAAGUAAAAGGUGAUGUGGAUGUUUCCGUGCCAAAGAUCGAAGGAGACAUAAAAGGUCCUGAGGUAGAUAUUGAAGGACCAGAUGUUGACAUUGAGGGCCACACAGGAGGAUUCAAAAUGCCGAAAAUCAAAAUGCCCAAAUUUGGCUUCAAAGGUCCCAAAGUGGAGGGUCCAGAUGUUGAUAUAAAUCUUCCUAAAGCAGACAUUGACCUGAAAGGACCUGAUGUUGACAUUAAAGUACCAGAGGUUGACAUUGAAGGACCGGAUGCAAAACUUAAAGGACCCAAAUUCAACAUGCCAUCAAUUUCAGGACCGACAAUAUCCAUGCCAAAAGUAGAUUUCGAUGUAAAAAGUCCCAAAGUCAAAGGUGAUGUGGAUGUUUCACUUCCAAAGAUCAAAGGAGACAUAAAAGGUCCUCAGCUUGACAUCAAAGGUCCAGAGGUUGACAUUGAAGGGGAACGAAGUGGAUUUGAGAUGCCUAAAAUCAAAAUGCCAACAAUAUCAGGACCCAAGUUACCAGAAUGGGAUUUGAACCUAAAAGGGCCCAAAGUAAAGGGAGAUAUCGAUGUGUCAGCUCCAAAGAUUGAAGGUGACAUCAAAGCUCCCAAAGUAGAUAUUGAAGGACCAGACGUUGACAUCGAGGGACACAAAGCGGGAUUUAAAAUGCCUAAAUUCAAAAUGCCAAGCUUUGGGAUGAAAGGUCCAAAUGUUGAAGGACCAGAAGUUGAUGUCAGCCUCCCAAAAGCUGAUAUUGAUAUUAAAGGCCCUGAACUGGACAUUGAAGGACCAGACAUUGACAUUGACAGUCCUAGUGGUAAGAUCAAAGGUCCAAAAUUCAAGAUACCAUCUAUCUCAGGACCGAACAUUACCAUGCCAGAUGUUGAUUUCGGACUGAAAGGUCCAAAAGUUAAAAGUGAUGUGGAUGUUUCCGUGCCAAAGAUCGAAGGAGACAUAAAAGGUCCUGAGAUGGAUAUUGAAGGACCAGAUGUUGACAUUGAGGGCCACACAGGAGGAUUUAAAAUGCCGAAAAUCAAAAUGCCCAAAUUUGGUUUCACAGGUCCAAAGAUGGAAGGUCUAGAUGUUGAUAUAAACCUUCCCAAAGCAGAUCUUGACCUGAAAGCACCCGAAAUUGACAUUAAAGGACCAGAGGUUGACAUUGAAGGACCAGAUGCAAAACUUAAAGGACCCAAAUUCAACAUGCCAUCAAUUUCAGGACCGACAAUAUCCAUGCCAAAAGUGGAUUUUGAUCUGAAAAGUCCCAAAGUCAAAGGUGACAUGGAUGUUUCACUUCCAAAGAUUGAGGGAGACAUAAAAAUGCCUGAGGUUGAGCUAAAAGGUCCCAAUGUCGACUUUGAAUCUCCAGACGGACAGCUUCAUGGACCAAAGGUAAAAUUACCAAAGAUAUCUGGACCAAAAAUAUCAUUACCAGACAUCGAUUUUGAAAUGCCAGAUGUUGAUGUCAAUCUUCCCAAAGCUGACAUUGAAAUUAAAGCUCCAGAUGUUGACAUUGAAGGACCAGGUGUUAAAAUGGAGAAUCCUGAUGCUAAAAUUAAAGGACCAAAACUCAAAAUGCCAACAAUCUCAGGACCGAAAAUUUCCAUACCAGACGUGGAUUUCAAAGUGAAAAGUCCGAAACUCAAGGGUGAUGUGGAUGUGUCAAUUCCAAAGCUUGAAGGAGAAGUAACAGCACCUGAAGUUGACAUUAAAGGUCCAGACAUUGAAGGGCCGAGUGGUGGAUUUGAAAUACCUAAAAUCAAAAUGCCCAAAUUUGGCUUCACAGGUCCAAAAGUAGAAGGUCCAGAUGUUGAUAUAAACGUUCCUAAAGCAGACAUUGACAUUAACGUACCAGAGGUUGACAUUGAAGGACCAGACACAAAAAUGAAAGGACCCAAAUUCAACAUGCCAUCAAUUUCAGGACCGACAAUAUCCAUGCCAAAAGUGGAUUUCAAUGUAAAAAGUCCCAAAGUCAAAGGUGAUGUGGAUGUUUCACUUCCAAAGAUCAAAGGAGACAUAAAAGGUCCUCAACUUGACAUCAAAGGUCCAGAAGUUGACACUGAAGGGCAAAGGGGUGGAUUUGAGAUGCCUAAAAUCAAAAUGCCAACAAUAUCAGGACCCAAGCUACCAGAAUGGGACUUGAACCUAAAAGGGCCCAAAGUAAAGGGAGAUAUCGAUGUGUCAGCUCCAAAGAUAGAAGGUGACAUCAAAGCUCCAAAAGUAGAUAUUGAAGGACCAGAUGUUGACAUCGAGGGACACAAAGCAGGAUUUAAAAUGCCUAAAUUCAAAAUGCCAAGCUUUGGGGUGAAAGGUCCAAAUGUUGAAGGACCAGAAGUUGAUGUCAGCCUCCCAAAAGCUGAUAUUGAUAUUAAAGGCCCUGAACUGGACAUUGAAGGACCAGACAUUGAUAUUGACAGUCCUAGUGGUAAGAUCAAGGGUCCAAAAUUCAAGAUGCCAUCUAUCUCAGGACCAACCAUUUCCAUGCCAGAUGUUGAUUUCAGACUGAAAGGUCCAAAACUAAAAGGUGAUGCAGAUGUUUCUGUGCCAAAGAUCGAAGGAAACAUAAAAACACCUGAGCUUGAUAUCCAAGGUCCAGAAGUUGACAUUGAUGGGUCUAGGGGUGGAUUUGAAAUGCCAAAAUUCAAAAUGCCAACGUUUGGCUUCAAAGGUCCCAAAGUGGAAGGUCCAGAUGUUGAUAUAAACCUACCCAAAGCAAAUAUUGAUGUGAAAGCACCAGAUGUUGACAUCCAAGGACCAGAAAUUGACAUUGAAGGGCAAAAGGGUGGAUUUGAGAUGCCUAAAAUCAAAAUGCCAACAAUAUCAGGACCCAAGUUACCAGAAUGGGAUUUGAACCUAAAAGGGCCAAAAGUAAAGGGAGAUAUCGAUGUGUCAGCCCCAAAGAUUGAAGGUGACAUCAAAGCUCCCAAAGUAGAUAUUGAAGGACCAGACGUUGACAUCGAGGGACACAAAGCAGGAUUUAAAAUGCCUAAAUUCAAAAUGCCAACCUUUGGGAUGAAAGGUCCAAAUGUUGAAGGACCAGAAGUUGAUGUCAGCCUCCCAAAAGCUAAUAUUGAUAUUAAAGGCCCUGAACUGGACAUUGAAGGACCAGACAUUGACAUUGACAGUCCUAGUGGUAAGAUCAAGGGUCCAAAAUUCAAGAUGCCAUCUAUCUCAGGACCAACCAUUUCAAUGCCAGAUGUUGAUUUCAGACUGAAAGGACCAAAAGUAAAAGGUGAUGUGGAUGUUUCCGUGCCAAAGAUCGAAGGAGACAUAAAAACACCUGAGCUUGACAUCAAAGGUCCAGAAGUUGACAUUGAUGGGUCUAGAGGUGGAUUUGAAAUGCCAAAAUUCAAAAUGCCAACAUUUGGCUUCAAAGGUCCCAAAGUGGAAGGUCCAGAUGUUGAUAUAAACCUACCCAAAACAAAUAUUGAUGUGAAAGCACCAGAUGUUGACAUCAAAGGACCAGAAAUUGACAUUGAAGGACCAGACAUUGACAGUCCUAGUGGUAAGAUCAAGGGUCCAAAAUUCAAGAUGCCAUCUAUCUCAGGACCAAACAUUUCCAUGCCAGAUGUUGAUUUCAGACUGAAAGGUCCAAAAGUAAAAGGUGAUGUGGAUGUUUCCGUUCCAAAGAUCGAAGGAGACAUAAAAGGUCCUGAGGUGGAUAUUGAAGGAUCAGAUGUUGACAUUGAGGGCCACACAGGAGGAUUUAAAAUGCCGAAAAUCAAAAUGCCCAAAUUUGGCUUCAAAGGUCCCAAAGUGGAGGGUCCAGAUGUUGAUAUAAAUCUUCCUAAAGCAGACAUUGACCUGAAAGCACCUGAUGUUGACAUUACAGUACCAGAGGUUGACAUUGAAGGACCAGAUGCAAAACUUAAAGGACACAAAUUCAAUUUGCCAUCAAUUUCAGGACCGAAAAUAUCCAUGCCAAAAGUAGAUUUUGAUGUAAAAAGUCCCAAAGUCAAAGGUGAUGUGGAUGUUUCCCUUCCAAAGAUCAAAGGAGAUAUAAAAGGUCCUGAGCUUGACGUCAAAGGUCCAGAGUUUGACAGUGAAGGGGCAAGAGGUGGAUUUGAAUUACCAAAAAUCAAAAUGCCCAAAUUUGGCUUCAAAGGUCCCAAAGUGGAGGGUCCAGAUGUUGAUAUAAACCUUCCCAAAGCAGACAUUGACCUGAAAGCACCUGAUGUUGACAUUAAAGUUCCAGAGGUUGACAUUGAAGGACCGGAUGCAAAACUUAAAGGACCCAAAUUCAACAUGCCAUCAAUUUCAGGACCGACAAUAUCCAUGCCAAAAGUGGAUUUCGAUGUAAAAAGUCCCAAAGUCAAAGGUGAUGUGGAUGUUUCACUUCCGAAGCUCGAAGGAGACAUAAAGGGUCCUGAGAUGGAUAUUGAAGGACCAGAUGUUGACAUUGAGGGCCACACAGGAGGAUUUAAAAUGCCGAAAAUCAAAAUGCCCAAAUUUGGCUUUAAAAGUCCCAAAGUGGAGGGUCCAGAUAUUGAUAUAAAUCUUCCUAAAGCAGACAUUGACCUGAAAGCACCUGAUGUUGACAUUAAAGCCCCAGAGGUUGACAUUGAAGGACCCAAUGCAAAACUUAAAGGACCCAAAUUCAACAUGCCAUCAAUUUCAGGAACGAAAAUAUCCAUGCCAAAAGUGGAUUUUGAUGUAAAAAGUCCCAAAGUCAAAGGUGAUGUGGAUGUUUCCCUUCCAAAGAUCAAAGGAGAUAUAAAAGGUCCUGAGCUUGACAUCAAAGGUCCAGAGUUUGACAGUGAAGGGGCAAGGGGUGGAUUUGAAUUACCAAAAAUCAAAAUGCCCAAAUUUGGCUUCAAAGGUCCCAAAGUGGAGGGUCCAGAUGUUGAUAUAAAUCUUCCUAAAGCAGACAUUGACCUGAAAGCACCUGAUGUUGACAUUAAAGGACCAAAGGUUGACAUUGAAGGACCGGAUGCAAAACUUAAAGGACCCAAAUUCAACAUGCCAUCAAUUUCAGGACCGACAAUAACCAUGCCAAAAGUAGAUUUCAAUGUGAAAAGUCCCAAAGUCAAAGGUGAUGUGGAUGUUUCACUUCCAAAGAUCAAAGGAGACAUUAAAGGUCCAGAGGUUGACAUCAAAGGUCCAGAGGUUGAUAUUGAAGGGGAAAGAAGUGGAUUUGAAAUGCCUAAAAUCAAAAUGCCAACAAUAUCAGGACCCAAGCUACCAGAAUGGGAAUUGAACCUAAAAGGGCCCAAAGUAAAGGGAGAUAUUGAUGUGUCAGGUCCAAAGAUUGAAGGUGACAUCAAAGCUCCCAAAGUAGAUAUUGAAGGACCAGACGUUGACAUCGAGGGACACAAAGCAGGAUUUAAAAUGCCUAAAUUCAAAAUGCCAACCUUUGGGAUGAAAGGUCCAAAUGUUGAAGGACCAGAAGUUGAUGUCAGCCUCCCAAAAGCUGAUAUUGAUAUCAAAGGCCCUGAACUGGACAUUGAAGGACCAGACAUUGACAUUGACAGUCCUAGUGGUAAGAUCAAAGGUCCAAAAUUCAAGAUACCAUCUAUCUCAGGACCAAACAUUUCCAUGCCAGAUGUUGAUUUCAGACUGAAAGGUCCAAAAGUAAAAGGUGAUGUGGAUGUUUCCGUGCCAAAGAUCGAAGGAGACAUAAAAGGUCCUGAGAUGGAUAUUGAAGGACCAGAUGUUGACAUUGAGGGCCACACAGGAGGAUUUAAAAUGCCGAAAAUCAAAAUGCCCAAAUUUGGCUUCAGAGGUCCCAAAGUGGAGGGUCCAGAUGUUGAUAUAAAUCUUCCUAAAGCAGACAUUGACCUGAAAGGACCUGAUGUGGAUAUUAAAGUACCGGAGGUUGACAUUAAAGGACCGGAUGCAAAACUUAAAGGACCCAAAUUCAACAUGCCAUCAAUUUCAGGACCAACAAUAUCCAUGCCAAAAGUAGAUUUCGAUGUAAAAAGUCCCAAAGUCAAAGGUGAUGUGGAUGUUUCACUUCCAAAGAUCAAAGGAGACAUAAAAGGUCCUCAGCUUGACAUCAAAGGUCCAGAGGUUGACAUUGAAGGGGAACGAAGUGGAUUUGAGAUGCCUAAAAUCAAAAUGCCAACAAUAUCAGGACCCAAGCUACCAGAAUGGGAUUUGAACCUAAAAGGGCCCAAAGUAAAGGGAGAUAUCGAUGUGUCAGCUCCAAAGAUUGAAGGUGACAUCAAAGCUCCCAAAGUAGAUAUUGAAGGACCAGACGUUGACAUCGAGGGACACAAAGCAGGAUUUAAAAUGCCUAAAUUCAAAAUGCCAACCUUUGGGAUGAAAGGUCCAAAUGUUGAAGGACCAGAAGUUGAUGUCAGCCUCCCAAAAGCUGAUAUUGAUAUUAAAGGCCCUGAACUGGACAUUGAAGGACCAGACAUUGACAUUGACAGUCCUAGUGGUAAGAUCAAGGGUCCAAAAUUCAAGAUGCCAUCUAUCUCAGGACCAAACAUUUCCAUGCCAGAUGUUGAUUUCAGACUGAAAGGUCCAAAAGUAAAAGGUGAUGUGGAUGUUUCCGUGCCAAAGAUCGAAGGAGACAUAAAAACACCUGAGCUUGACAUAAAAGGUCCAGAAGUUGACAUUGAUGGGUCUAGGGGUGGAUUUGAAAUGCCAAAAUUCAAAAUGCCAACGUUUGGUUUCAAAGGUCCCAAAGUGGAAGGUCCAGAUGUUGACAUAAACCUACCCAAAGCAAAUAUUGAUGUGAAAGCACCAGAUGUUGACAUUAAAGGACCAACAGUUGACAUUGAAGGACCUAAACUCAAAGGACCAAACGUCACUUUGCCGAAAUUCUCCAUGUCAGGUCCCAAACUCAAAAGUGAUGUGGAUGUGUCAGUGCCAAAGAUAGAGGGAGACAUAAAAAUACCCAACAUCGAUGUCAGUGGUCCAGAGGGCGGAUUUGAAAUGUCUAAAAUCAAAUUGCCAUCAUUAGGAUUUAAAGGUCCAAAGGUAGAGGGUCCAGAUAUUGAUAUUAACCUCCCUAACUCUAACGUCGAUCUUAAAGCACCUGACCUUGAUAUUAAUGUGAAGGGGCCUGAAGCCAAAGGAAAGAUGUCUGCAUCCAUGCCCAAAUUGGAAGGAGAUAUAAAAGGUCCAAAUGCUGACAUUACAACACCCACCAUCACAAUGGAAGGUGUGUCUAUUCAUACUGCAAAGACAGGUGUUACGUUUCCCAAGUUCAAAGGUCCUAAAUUUGGAAUGAAAUCCCCAGAAGUGGAGGGGCCUGAAUCUACAUUUAAGUCACCCACAUUUAGUGCUGGGGUAAAGGGUCCCAAAACAGAAGUUAGUCUCCCAGAUACUGAAGUAAGCCUUGAUGCCCCUGAUAUUGAUAUAGAUGUAAAGGGGAAAAAGGGGAAAUUUAAACUUCCUAAAGUAAAAGGAAAGGCCAAAAAGCCUGAUGUUGACAUUGAAACCCCUGCAGAGAAAUUGGAUGUAGAUACACCCAAUAUCCAUGUUAAAGGAACAAAAGUGAAGAAGCCACUCUUUGGUAAGCUUCAUUUCCCUGAUGUAGAAUUAGAUAUCAAAUCACCAAAAGUUAAAGGUGACGGAUCUUUAUCAGGGGGACUGAAAUCAACUGAUGUAGAUUUGCCAUCAGUUAGCUUGAACACCACCACUGACAGUCCAAAUGUUAGCUUGGAAGGGCCAGAUGUGAAAUUAAAGACUCCCAAUAUUAAAAUGCCUAGCAUGAACAUGUCUGCUCCUGAUAUUGAUGCAAGUCUAAAUAGAGAAGGAGAGGCGACCAUGUCUGCAGAUUUUAAAGGCCAAAAAAUAAAUGUGAAAGGUGGUGCAGAGAUUGAUGCAAGUGUUUCAGAGGGCAGUGCAAGUGGUGGCCUUCAUUACCCAGAGGGUACGAUAACGUUUCCCAAACUGAAGGUACCAAAGUUUGGUAUUGCACUGCCUCAGUUGGAAGGGCAGGAAGGUGGAAGAAAUGUAAAAUCAGAAGUUUCAGGUAGUGGAGGCAUAAGCAUCCAGCCUCCAUCUGUUACUUGCCAAGUCAGUUCACAAAAUAUUGAGGUUCCCAGUCCAGAACUGAGGCAUAGUGAAGGCAAGGUGAAGGUAAAGAUGCCAAAACUGUUUGGCAAAUCAAAAGCAAAGGGUAGUAGUGUAGGUGACCUUCAGGGACCAGAGGUAGAAUUGAGUGCAAGUGGAAAAGGUGGUAAGGUCUCUAAAGACCUAAGUGUACAUUCUGGGAAAUUAGAAUUUGAGGGAGAUCCGGCACUCAGUGUAUCAAGUAAAGGCAAGUCAGCCUCACUGGAUCUAUUUAAGAAAUCAAGGCAUCGGUCUUCUUCUUUGAGUGAUGAGGGAGGGCUUGCAGUAAGUUCUCCUUCAUCUCACUUAGAAGCUGAGGGUGGUGACAUUUCAUUAGACUUAGGAGGAAGCAAGGUCAAAGGAAAGAAAGGCAAGUUGAAGUUUGGCACCUUUGGAGGUUUUGGUUCAAAGUCAAAGGGCUCAUAUGAAGUGACACUUGGUGAGGACAGUGAAACAGCAGUGGAGGGAAGUGCAGGUGUUUCUUUAUCUAAAAAAUCGAGAUUGUCUUCAUCUUCCAGCAGUGACAGUGGUUCAAGAGGUGGCUUCAGGUUUCCAAGACUUGAGCUAUCUGUUUCACCAAAGAAAUGAUUAAUUAUGAGGUAAAUUCAACUCUCUCAUGUACGCCCAAAUACCCUUUUUUGAUAUGACAAACCUCUUUAAAACCUAAUGGGACAUACACAGUUAUCUCAAUGUUCGUAACUACGAGUAAUUCCUUCAAGUAAUUCGACAGGAGUGCAUGAGAUUGUUUAAAAUCAAUUUAAACUGUAAAUAAGAUAAUUUGUAUUGUAAUAAUAAAUAUUGUUUUUUGUAUAUAGUCCAGAGUUAUUGAACAUAUGCCACCUCAGCAAAAUUUCACCAAUAGUUUAUCACAAGGUUGGCCAUUUUGUCCUGUUUCAUUCUAUUAAAUGAAUGUUGUUAAUGAAUGGGUGUGGUAUAUUUGUAUCCAGGGGUCUUUUGCACAGAACAGAUGGUUACAAUAGUUAUUUUGAAGGAAAACUUUGUUUAUACACCUAGACACAAGCAUAAACAGUUACCAUUUUUUUAUGUAUGAAAUUAUUUUAUUUUCAGGCUUUGAUAUUAUAUAGUCAGUGCAAAAGCAUAUUUACGCAACAUAGAGCUGGCCCUUUCUAAACACACAUUCUAAAUAAUGAGUGAUGGUGUUGUAUAUACCAUAAUUGCAAAGACAAUCAAUGUUUGAAAACUCUCUAAAGUGCUGUCAGUACUUUUCUGUUAAUUUUUAAGAAAAUUUAUUCAUCCUUAAAUUUUGUGCCAUUUACCAAAAAUAUGCAUUUGCUUUUUUAAAACAUGUUUUGCUUCCUAAUCCUGUCAUUUGUCAUACUUAUCUGUUUUAUGAUCCUCUGUAUUUUAUUUCCUUCAUUUUCUGUCACACUCUCUUUGUACACACACCUUAUGAUUACAUUAAAAAAAGUCACAAAUAAACGGUCACUUUUUUAUGUCAUUUGUUUGCAGACAAAAUCUGUGUUACUAAAGAGUUAAUGGAGAUUAUUAAUUAUUUUAAUUAUUAGUGGAACAUUAUUCAAUGGGUCUAUUCUUUUGUGUGCAUUCUGCCAAACAAACAAAUAAAACAAUUUAUAAAAUGUA